GCGAGUCGGUUCGGCCUUGUAGUCGGUUUUGGGGAAUCGAUUGAGGACGCGAAAUAGUUCGUUUUUUGUUUCCGUCUGAUAAGGAGGUCGACAAUAAAGCCUCCGUCGGUCGGCGUUAUCUCCACGUUUCUGAUAUCCAGCCGGGUCUUUGGCGUUAUUCCUUUGUAAAUACUGUUAUUUGUAUAUACUGUAAAUGAUGACUUCAGUGGGCGGAAGCCGGGCCCGGGGCAACUGGGAGCAGACGCAGGGUCAGACACAGAGCCAGUCACAGCACAAGCAGAGGCCCCAGGCCACCGCUGAGCAGAUCCGACUCGCGCAGAUGAUCUCGGACCAUAAUGAUGCAGACUUUGAAGAGAAGGUCAAGCAGCUGGUUGACAUCACAGGAAAGGAUCAGGAUGAGUCCAUGAUAGCGCUUCACGACUGCAAUGGAGACGUCAACAGAGCCAUCAAUGUCCUUUUGGAGGGCAGCCCUGACACUGACUCAUGGGAGAUGGUUGGAAAGAAGAAAGGAGUUUCAGGUCCGAAGGAAAGCGCACAGACAGAUGGAGGAGAUGAGGGCAAGGAGAACCGAGAGAAAGGAGGAGAAAGAGAUGUGGCACGUCGCCGAGGAGGGGCCCCGCGGAGGGGCCGUGGAGCCAGCCGCGGGCGAGAGUUCCGUGGGCAGGAGAAUGGGUUGGAUGGGGCCAAGGCAAGUGGAGUUGCAGGCAGAGGAAUGGAGCGAGGCCGUCGGGGAAGAGGCAGAGGAAGAGGUGGAGCUGGAAGGCGAGGUGGGAGGUUUUCAGCUCAGGGCAUGGGCCAGAUUGAUAAGAGCCCCAGAUAUGAUUUGUCAGGAGAUGAGAGUACAUUUAACCCAGCGGACUACACUGAGCCAGCCCAAACAGAAGAGAGCUACACAAGCGGCAGCACUUGGAGUAACACGGGCAACCUGGAACCCGAGGAUGGAAACAGGCUUGAGUUUACAGGUGGAGAGGGAACAAACUAUCCUCGAAAGUUUGACUCGGCCCCUGGUGCUUGGAGAACUGCCACAGAAGAGUGGGGCAUGGAGGACUGGAAUGAGGAUUUGUCAGAGACCAAGAUAUUUACUGCCUCCAGUGUGGCGUCCAUGCCCAUUCCACAGGAGAAUGUCACCAUUACAGCUGGACAGAGGAUUGAUCUGGCUGUGUUGCUGGGGAAGACACCUCCUUCCUCUUCCUCAGAGGCAGAGCCUGCUUCACUUGAAGGCCCACAGCCACCAUCUCUGUCUCAGUCUCUUGUGUUCAGCAACUCAAAGCAGACAGCAUCACUGUCCCAGUCCUCCUCCAGUGCUCCUUACAGCCAGCACAGCAUGGUGAGCAUGCUCAGUAAGGGUUUCGGUGAUGUUGGCGAUCCAAAAGGAACCACUGGAGGCUCCACGACUGGUUCUCAAUUUCUGGAGCAGUUUAAGACGGCCCAGGCUUUGGCCCAUCUAGUGGCUCAGCACUCACAAAGUGGCACACCCAAUGCUGGUGCUUCUACCUGGGAUACCAGCCCCACUACACUGGGGCAAUAUGAUAUGAAACCUCAAACGGAGCCUGUGCACAGUCCCUUCACCAAACGGCAGCCCUACCAGCCCACCUCCACUUCUUCCUCAAUGGAUGCCUUCUUGCAGGACAAAGCUACACCUGCUUCUACCACCUCAGCCCUGCCCCCUCAGUCCACUCCAUCAUCAUCAUCAUCAUCACUGCCCCAGGCCAUCACCACCCCUGUCCCCAAACCCUCAGGACCCACCCCAGGUCAGCAGAACUCUUCCAGCCCAGCCGACCCUCAGGCAUCCAGCCCACUCCCCCUGCAGCAGCACAAACUAAAACAGCAGAAGAAGAGGGCUUCCAUCACAACCAAGAUUCCAGCCCUAGCAGUGGAAAUGCCAGGCUCUGCGGAUAUAUCUGGGCUCAACCUGCAGUUUGGAGCAUUACAGUUUGGCUCUGAACCGGUGCUUUCAGAGUACGAUGCCUCGGCAGCUGUUGCCACGACGACACCAGGCAACCAAGGCCAGAACAGCCUUUACACAAGUGCUAGCAAUGAGCAAGCAGCAGCUCUGUCCAACCCCAGUCAGAUGGAGCUUUAUGAGCCAAGAGCCAGCCAGACACGGCGCUACCCUCCUUCUGUGUCCUCAUCACCACAGAAAGACAUUCAGUCCAAGAAUGGGUUCAAUUCGAUGCAGACGUCACAAUCUCUGGAAGCUGCAGCAGGCUCUGCAGUGCCCUUGAAACCAGUGUCCGAAUCAGUCGUCCCACCAUCGGUUUCCAACAUAUCCCCAUUGGCUGACCGCUCAUCAGGUCCUCCUUCCCUGCUGACUACAUCCAGUCAAACACCUCUCAGUGCUCUUGGACACGAAGACGCCUCGCCCAGCUCCCUGGCCCCUCCUCAGCAGAAUAACUCCCUCCCUUUACAGCAAAACAGUUUGGCACCUUCUUCGGUUUGCACUUCAAACACAAGCCUACUGCACCCAAGUGUGGACGGCGAUUCCUGCUUGCACUCCUCGUCCUUCUCGUCGGUCUCUGUUGUGGCUCCUUCUUCAGUUCCUCCACCCUCUUCAGCUACUUCAGCAGCCCCUGUUUCCUACAGUUGCCCCUCUUCUGUCAGUUUGGUCUCUGCACAGUCUGCACUGGGCCCAGUCAGCAGUCUGACCAUAGGAUUGAACAGUGGUGCUGGUGUGGUUUCAAUGCCCCCCCCUAUGGCUUCUGCUUCAUCAUCAUCUGCUGCCUCGGCCACUGUGGCACCUUCAUCUGCCUCAUCUCGCAGCAUGGCUGCCUCAGGGAAAGCACCUCCAAACCUGCCUCCUGGAGUGCCACCCUUGCUGCCCAACCCUUACAUUAUGGCUCCCGGCCUGCUUCACCCAUACCCACCCCAAGUGUAUGGCUACGAUGACCUACAGAUGCUGCAGACCAGGAUACCACUGGACUAUUACAGCAUCCCAUUUGCCACUCCAACCACAGCACUGACUGGCAGGGAUGGCAGUUUGACAAGCAACCCAUAUUCUGCUGGUGACCUGUCCAAGUUUGGCCGUGGCGACGCCUCGUCUCCUGCACCCACCACAACGCUGGCCCAGCCACAGCAGACCCAGACACAACCGCACCAUACCACCCAGCAGCCCUUCCUCAACCCAACCCUUCCACCAGGAUACAGCUACACCAGCCUGCCCUAUUAUACUGGUGUGCCCGGUCUGCCCAACACCUUCCAGUACGGCCCUGCCAUGUUUCCGGUGGCUCCUACCUCCUCCAAACAGCAUGGUGUGAAUGUCGGUGUCAAUGCAUCAGCCACGCCCUUUCAGCAAGCUAGUGGUUAUGGAUCACAUGGAUACAGCACUGGCUAUGAGGAUUUGGGCCAGGCUUCGGCAGGGAGUGGGGAUUUCUGUAAGGGUGGCUACGGCACCGCAGUUGCCGCAGCCGCCGCUGCUGCCGCCGCCGCCGCUGCUUCUGCCCAAAACAAGCCCGUCAGCUCUGUCACCGGGCCCGGAGUGGGUGUCUCUGUGACAUCAAGCAACACUGGAGUCCCUGACAUUUCAGGGUCUGUUUACACAAAGACGCAGUCUUUUGAGAAGCAGGGUUUCCACACCGGAACCCCCAGUGCUUCCUUCAGUUUGCCCUCAGCACUUGGGAGUGGUGGCCCUAUCAACCCUACGGCUGCGGCGGGUUACGCUCCAGCCCCUUACAUGCACAUCUUGACCCCCCAUCAGCAGCCCCACUCUCAGAUGCUCCACCACCACCUGCAGCAGGACGGACAGAGUGGCUCUGGGCAACGCAGUCAGAAUGCCUCCAUUCAACAGAAGUCACAGAUCAACAAGUCAGGAUACAACAGCUACAACUGGGGAGGCAAUUAAUACCCUGUCCUGCCCCAUCUGGUGUUCCAAAGGCUGGAUUAGUGGAACCAUACCUUUCUCCUCAGAAAUCUCCCCCUUUUCUCUGUCCUCCACGGCACUCACUCGCCGCUCUUUGCACGGUCACCCUGCAGUACCAGCCCCAUUCCACUGGUGGCACUGUCCUUAGAGAGAUACAGCACUGUAAGGCGCCGCUUGAAGAAGGGGCACGGGGGGCGGAAGUCUUAAUGGGGAGCGUGAUCUCGUCAAUAUAUGGAUAGUUACUUAGGCCUUCAUGAUUGGAGUAUUGAGUAUUUGGAGUUUGUAUUGUGUUCAAAAUACAUAAAAGCCCCAAACCCCCUUUUUUUCUGUAAUAUGUAACAUAGAUCUGUUUUCUAAAAGGACAAAUGUUUAGUUUUUCUCCUCUUCUUUUUCUUUUUACUAUUGGAUAAAAUGAAAAAGAGAGGUAUGUUAGAGGGAGAGAGGGCAUUUUUUCUUUUUUUUUCUUCCUCUUGUUUAUUUCCCUCCUUUCUGCUUCUUGCUUGAUCAGCACCUGCAAUCCAAAUGUACAUGCACCUCCUCUGUUUCUCCCCCUGCAGUGAGUACCAAAUUUUAUUUUGGGAAAAGAUAUCACUCUAAAUCGGCUAGAGCAGUUGUGAGGUUUAUUUUUUACCAAAUAUAAACGUAUAUGAAAAAAAAUAAAUGUAUAGCUGCGUUCACAGGCUUCGGAUCUGUACCGUGUAUGUGCAUGUGUGUGCGUUUGGGUUUAUUUUGUGUGUGUGUGUGUGCGCGUGUGUGUGCGCGUGUGCGUGUGUGUGUGUGUGUGUGAAUGAAUUGCAUCGUCAGGGUGGCCAGUGUAUGAAUGCUGUACUUAAAGACUUAUAGGCUUCAAUGUGUAUUCCUUUUAAUUGCUUUAUUGGAGCCUUAUUGUACUCCUCCAGGUGUGAGAAGUGCACUGGUCACCUUAAACUUUAGACUUAUUUUCUGCAAUCCUUUUUUUGUUGUUGUUGUUGUCCUCAUUAACCACCCUUGCUGUAGCAGGGAGACUGGAUUACGUUAAGGCAUGACUUUUGAUCUGUUUUGCCAUAAGCGGGAAGUUUUUCAUUUGCGAUUUGAUUGAGGUUACC